AGAAUACAAAGAAAUUGAUAUUUUUUUUAAAAAAAAUUUGGUAUAUAUUAUUAAAAAGGUGUACAAUAUGACCGGAGAUGUGAUCUAAAAGGGUAAAAAUGCAUUUUUCAUUUAAUCUCGACUUUAAUACUGAUGUUGCUCUGUGUCUGCUGGAUUUGUAGCAUAGACAACUGGUUGCUAACAUUUGCCAUAAGAACUAACUAUAAGAAUAUGGUUUAUAUAAUAUGAUUUAUAUGGUUAUUUUUACAGCUUGUUGUGCUGAUGCAGGUUUAACUUUUAUUUUUAUUUUUUUUUACCAUCAACCUUUACAAUUAACACCCGGUCUUUUGAAAUUGAGUAAAAUCAUCUACUCAUGCAUAACGUAACAUGUUUGUAACUGAAGGCCUUUAUCCAUGGAGGAACUGAAUAAGGUUUAAUCAGGAAGUCAGUGCUGUGUCAUGUUGAAGAAGUGAUGAUACUGAUACUGGCACUGAUAAGACCUCAAUGCCACUCCAGUUCACAGACUGUAAACUAAGAUUAUCUUAGGAUCUUCAUGUCUCCUUUUCGUUUUGUUACCGAUUCAUAAAUUAUUAAUUUUUUCUUUUGUCUGUAAUUAAAAACAACACAGACUACUUUGAAUCCUCAAGUACAUUUUAAAACCUUCAGCUUUGAUUAUAAUCUUUGUCAAGUCUUGAAAAUGUAAUAAAAUGAAAUCUUGACAUAAAACAAGAAAAGCCUCGAUUUUUAACGAGUGGAGAAUUUUGAAGUAAGUGUUUGUAUUAAAACAAAGAUGAGAUUUCAGGAAUAAGAGCGCUGCCGUUUGUGAUAUACAGUUGAGUUCUCAUUCCAGCGCCAGACAGAUGAAUGUGAGAAAGGGUAGCUGGCUGCCAUGUGCAAUGAUGACAGCGUUUGGACUCAGGAGUGGGUCAUGCGGAAAAAAGGCGGUGGUCAGCACUCAGGGGAUGAGAGAGGUACCAAGAGCCCGACUAGCUAUCAGUAGCAGGGAGGGCAACGGAGAGGGCUAUUAGUCAGCUGAGGUCAGGAACUCCACAGAGGGAUGGUAGCAGUGAUGAGACUUGCCGGAGCUGUGCUCCAUUUUUAAUGACACCCGGACCUAGAAUAGAUGUGGAGCAGUGCCGUCUUGACCUGGUCUGAUACAAAAGCUGCUUCUUGUCAUCAGUCAAAACCCUCAUUAAUCCUUUCUGGGGAAAUCAAUGAGAGGAGACUAUAAAAUGAUGAAGAGCUGCAAAGACCCUUGACUGUAUCUUCUUUCAUUUUGGAUGACAGCAACCCAUUUGAUCCAUAUUAGGAGCUUCAAUCACAAGCUAAAUUAUGUCAUAUGUUUGACAUAGUUUAAAGGGUUAGAACAUCAGAGUCGCUGUUACAAUUACAUGAUAAAACUCUACAGGUGGUCCUGAUGCACAGGUUGACACAGUAUCCCUUCACCUUUUACGUGACAGUUAAAGGGGCAACAAUAAACUGAGUGAUUAUACACACAAUGAGCAAGGAUAGGUGAGGUUGAGUAGGUCAUGGAAGAGGUGAGACAAGGGGCCGUGCUGCUGAAGCUUCAAUUAUAUAUCGGUCCAGGACAAGGUGGUGUCCAUGGAAACGGAAAUAGGAACUAUAAGAAACCCGAGAGUGCAGGUGCGAUGCCUUCCCAUUAAGAUUAGACAAGUGGCACACAGGUGAAGCCUCUCUCUCCGCGUAGACUGCUCUUCCCAUUGUCUCACUAUGGACCUGACAUCUGUAUUGUUUUGUAUACUGUUGGAAGUCCUGGCUGUAAAUUGUCAAGAUGUGGCACAGGGACGUAUUGUGGGAGGAUAUGCACCAGUUCCACAUUCAAUCAAGUACAUUGUGUCGGUACAGACGACAGAGCGUCAGCACUUCUGUGGGGGCUCCUUGAUAAACAAGUACUGGGUAAUCACAGCAGCACACUGUAAUAUCGGGAUACAAAAAAUGAUUAUAGUGGCAGGAGACUACUCUCUCACCAUCUACGAGGGAACAGAGCAAGAAAUCCUGCCCCAACUUUUGGUGCCCCACCCUGACUACAACAGCACCACCAACAAUAGUGACAUUAUGCUUAUAAAGCUGAGGGCCCCGGUCUAUCUGAACAGCUAUGUUUCCAUCGCUCUGCUGCCCCGAUACGGCGCCUCUAUAGCAGAGGGCAGAGCGUGCAGAGUCUCAGGCUGGGGAUUCACCAGCCCCGGUGGAGGCCAGAUCCCCUCAACCCUCCGCACUGUCAAACUCCCCAUCGUCUCCUUAGAAAAGUGCAACAGCAGCGAGUCCUUCAAUGGCCGCAUUACAGCAAAUAUGCUCUGUGCUGGUUAUAGUACAGGUGGAAAGGAUGCCUGUCAGGGAGACUCUGGAGGUCCGCUUGUAUGUGACGGCCGGGUCUAUGGCUUGGUGUCCUGGGGGAAAGGUUGUGGUGAUGCCCAGUUUCCUGGAGUCUACACUGCUGUGUCCAAUUUCCGCAGGUGGAUAGACAACACCAUAUUCAGCUACUACAGCAAAUGUAAAAAAAACUAGAAAGCCUCUAAGAUAAAAAAAACAACACUCAGUGGAGACUUUAUGUUCUUGGUUUCAGUGUAGCCUUUUCCAAUUUAACGUUAUGUUCUUUUUAUCAUGUGUGCACAUUUGAUUAUAUAUUAAUGUGUUAAAGGAAUAGCUCAGCAUUUUGUAAAAUACACUUAUUCACUUUUUUGCAGAGAGUUGUUGGGAAAAUUGACACCAUCUCAUAUAUGUAUGCUAAAUAUGACACCACAGCAGCGGCUGUUAAGCUUAGCUUAGCAUAAAGACUGGAAGCAGGGGGAAACAGCUAACCUGGCUCUGUCCAAAUGUAACAAAAUCAGAUAACAUUUUCAGUGUAAAAGUUUUAUGUGAGGUUAUGUGCUAGCCAAUUUCUUGAUGCUAAGCUAAGCUAACAGUCUCCUGGCUUCACCUUCAUAUUUAAUGGACAGAUAUAUAAAAGUAAUACUGAUCUUCUCAUCUGACUCUCGGCAGGAAAGCGAAUAAGUGCAUUUUCCAAAAUGUCAAACUAUUCCUUAAGUUUUCAAGCUUGAAUAUUUAUCAUGUCAAUUGUUGAUCUGUAUAUAAUACACAAACACCCUCUGGCAAAAUAGGACAUAUUGACCACAUUUCCAGAACAUCAAGAAUGAGGUGCCAUAUCAUUGCUUAAAUUGUUAAAGUUCAGAGUUUUCUAAACCUCAUGAAGGUCUAUUUGAAGUGCACUCACAAACGCUGCUACAACUGCAACAUUACAAGUCAUAUGAGCAUUCAAUGCCCGUGCAUAGAUAGACACAAAAACAGCUACAACUGUACAAUAUAAUGCAACCCAAUACAAAAGCCUUGCAAAAACCACUACUUUUGUCAGGCUUAUAAUGUUUAAUUUUGUCAAGAUAUGUCCGAUAAUUCUUGAUUCAACUGUAGAGUAACUUGUUGCACUGUUUUUUAUGUGUUUAUUGAGUUGUACUGCAAAAACAAACAUCAAAUGGUAAAAUGCAUGCUUUUGAUCAGCUGUAAUGAUAUUGAACAUACGCAUAAAUAAUUCACAAAUGGCUUGAUUUAUUCCUUUAGUCUCAUUUAAUCAAUAAAGGACCAUUAAUGCAUACAGAAUUUCUGUCAAUCUGAAUGCGAACUAACUCAGUUACAAUUAGUAAGAAUCUAUGUAUGUGUAUGUCUGUCCUUAAUUUUCACAGUGAAGUUUAUUCAAUAAGUAAAUGAUUGCUGCCAAUUUCAUGUGGUUUAUUUAUGGACUAGUUGUGUUCCAAACCUGGCACUAUGCAUAAAGCACCUUCAAGUGUGAGAGUUGAGCAAAUGCAUGGAAUUAGGUUAAAAACAGAGUUUGAAAUUGUGAGUGUGUUAUAAAACAAUGACAUGAAUUGCUGUGUUUUCCUGUUUUAUACACUUUAAUAAAUCGCUGAUCAUCCCAUCUUGUUUUCCACCCACUCUCCGGCUGACGUCUUUAUUUGCAAGUACACUGUCGAUAUCGCAGCGCGGGGGCUUGUCCCCGCUCUUUGCGUCUGAGUGGAGACUUUAACAACGGAUUACACAAGCUGUUUGGAUAGAUAACUCGCAAAGUCCUCUUCAUGCUCUGUCAUUUAUACAAGAAGUCAGUAAAGUCAUUAAAGGAGAACAAUUAAUAAGUCAGCACACUGAUUAAUUUUUAAAAGCUACAGCAAUCCCUUUCGGUAUUGAAUGUUAGUCUUGGUUGCUUGUCACCAGCAAUUACUAAAACGGCUGAUGAAUUAUCCCAAAACUGGAAGACCGUCAUGAAAUAUGCAUGGGGCCAGUCUUUCCCCCUGAGCAAUCUGUGUAAUGGCUCUUAGGCGUUUGCUGGACUCCUUUCUCCCUCAUGAAGCCAGCGCUUGCAGCCAGCAGUGAUUCCUGUAAAGAGGAGCGGAGGCAAAGCCAGGUGAAAUCAGUACAGGCUGCAUCACACCUGAUAGGUGUAAGCGUAUCACAACAGAAUGAAUAGUUGAUGGCCUACUUUAGGGGGAUCUCUGGUUUCACUGCUCAGCCCCGUUUGUUCUGUGAUGAUGGGUGUGUCAGUGUACCAUGUGAUUGAUAGAUUUCAGGGUAUUUAGGCCUCUGAUUUUACAGGCUUUGUUACAUAAAGGCUGAUUCCUUUUGUUCUGGCAUGAGAAGGCCUCUCUAGGGAGUGUUAGAGUAUAGAGUUCCCUAUAUGCUCACUGCGCGCAAAGGGAAAUGUUUCUCUCCGAGUUUGUAUGUUUCUUGCCGAAAAGUAUUGAUUGAGGCAUACAGAUUGUUAACAUUCACAGUUUCUCCCAGCAGUGCUUUGUGACAGCUGGGGAGACAAGUCAUGUUUUACAAUUAUAAUGGCUUCCUUCCCUGAAAAACCAGGCCACCUGCAUUCAUUAUAUUCCAGUAUGUGUUAUGCAUUUGAAGAACAAAGUUUACUUUAAAGCCUCGAGCAGAGAUUUGGGGUAUCAGAGGUAAGGUGGUAUACACAUUAGUAAACGGUUAGGCAAUGUGAAUAAAUAUUACUCUACUAGUGCUUGGGCUAACAAUCUGUUUUCAUAUUCAGAUACAUUUUUGAAGAUGAAUGCUUUAUUAAUAAAUUAAAAAAAACAUUAAUUGUUCCAAGAAUGUCAAACCAUAAAGCAUUUGCUGUUUAUGCACAUGACUUACUUGAACCACCAGGGGGCAUUUGAUCAUUAAAGCAUGAAGAAUAGAAAAACAACAGAUGAGAUGCAGGCCUGCUGGCACUUCCUUCUCUUUGCCUCCUUUUGAUUAUAAUAAGCCCUUCCUCUGAAGUGUUGUGUCUAUGCAUUAAAAAGGUUACAUCAUACUUUAACUGAAAUGAUUAUGAAUGUUGUGACAAUUAGCGCCUUUAAGGAA